AUAUUUCUUGGUUGCUGCAGUAGCGCCGCCUGAAGGGAAAGCUAUGCCCGCGAAAGCGAAAGCGCAGGCGCUGUAUUCGGUCGGUCACCUACCCUUCUACGUCCCGACUAGUUAAUUUGUAACGCCUUUUAAUUUCUCAGCAGCAGCCGAACGUGAAGUAAGCAGCAGCAGGUGAAGCUGAGCAGUACAGUACAGAGACGAAAUCAAAUCGCAAUUCGAAUCGUCCUUCGCAUCCCGCUACCUUGAGGCGAGGACUCGGGAGUAGCUCGCGACACGCGGCGGGAGUUUUACUACAAAGAGGGCGAAGCCAGGGACUGAAUUAAGGGAUUAAUAGCAUGCGAGGAGGAGGAGGAGGAAGAAGAAGAGGGGGGCGAAGCGGGGAAGGCGGAGCCGCGGCUGGGAUCGCAAAUUAGGCAGAAUAGAAUAGAAUAGAAUAGAAUAGAAGAGAAUAGAAUAGAAUAGAAUAGAAUGGUGAUGCGGAUGGCGAGCGCUUCUCCGUCGUCCUUUAUCUUUGGGCGGAGGGCGUCCUUCAGACGACUGCGUCAGCUCCUCGUCGGAUCGGCGGCCGGGCGGAUAGUCAGGCUGCUCCUCUGCUGCUCUCUUCUCCUCUCUCUGCUUCUCAUCUCCGGUGGAUGCAGAUGCCGCUUCUCCCAUCUUCAACCCUCCCCUCCACUCGGGGAAGGUUAUACUGUAAUGAUUAAUACGUGGAAGAGAAAUGACCUUCUGAAGCAAUCAGUUGUUCAUUAUGCUUCUUGUGUCGGUGUUGAUUCCAUUCACGUUGUCUGGAGUGAGCCGGAUCCCCCAGCAGAUUCUUUACGAGAUGGUCUAAUCCAAGCUGUUAGAUCAAAAUCUAAACUUGGCCAGGAUGUUGACAUAAUUUUUGAUAUAAAUCAAGAGGACAGUCUCAACAAUAGGUUCAAGGAAAUAAAGGAUUUGAGAACGGAUGCUAUAUUCUCAAUUGACGAUGAUGUGCUAUUUCCUUGUGCAUCUGUAGAGUUUGCUUUCAGUGUAUGGCGUAGUGCACCUACCACAAUGGUGGGCUUUGUUCCUCGUAUGCAUUGGCUCGAUAAGUCGAGAAGCAGCACGGAACAAUAUAAAUAUGGAGGGUGGUGGUCUGUCUGGUGGACGGGUACAUAUAGCAUGGUUCUUUCCAAGGCAGCCUUUUUACACAAGCAGUAUCUUGAUCUGUAUACAAACCACAUGCCAGUAUUUGUUCGAGAUUAUGUGGCCAAAAAUAGCCUUUCAUACAUUGGGCUUUGGCACUUAUACUGCAGGAACUGUGAAGAUAUUGCAAUGUCUUUACUCGUUGCAAAUGUAACAGGUGCUCCUCCUAUAUGGGUGAAAGGCAUAAAAUACUGCAGCUUUGACUCUUUGCUUUUAUCGGAACAUUCAUACAUCAACUUUAUAAGUUGGUUCGGUGCAAAAAUGUUGUUCUAAUGUUCUGUUGUGAAGCUUGGAAGUUGGUUUCUUUAACGAGAAGAACUUUUGUGUAAUUAGUUUUCUGAAGACACCAAAGGACAGAGGAACAUUUAGUAUUAUAAAGGUUGAAAAGUCGAUUUGACUUCCAUUCCAAAAGAUUAAACUAAAAAAGUUAUCAAAUAAAUGUGCUUGCCUUCCUUUCCUCGUUAUUUUCUGUGAAUGUGGAAAAGUUUUCUUUUAAUUUCCACACUGCUUUUUGUAAGAAUCCUCUUAUUGUGCAGAAACUAAAUAGAGAAAAUGACUCCAGGAAGAUCCCUAGUUUUUUUUCGCAACUUUUUGGCUAAUCUUUUCCCUUAGACAAUUGUAAUGGUUAGGCUGUAGUACAAUUAGGCUUUUUAGCUGCUUUUGUUGAGGAUCGCUUUUUAAAUUUGG